UUUCGCUUGUGUGUAUAGUUCUUAAGUGCAUUUAUAAUGGAGAAGAUGCAUAACAAUUUAUUAAACAAGAAAUUUGAUAAUAUUUGUCGCAUUUGUUUAAAAGAAUGUAGAAACAUGUUAUCUAUUUUCAAAAAAGAUGAUGUUAAAUUGGAUAAUUAUUUAUCUUUAGCAGAUAAAAUAUCGUCUAUCGCGGAAGUUCAGAUAUACGAGGGAGAUAGAUUGCCACAAUUAAUUUGUAAUCCAUGUAAUUUUCGAAUUGAAAAAUUUUACGAAUUUCGAAAACAAGUGAAAAUUUCUGAUGAAACAUUACGUUCAACUUUGAGUACAGAAAGUAAUUGUUGUAAAUCAGAAAACAGUGAAUAUUACAAAAAUUUUAUUAGUGACAAUCUUUCUGAUGAUCCCUUGAAUUUAGGUGAAGUUAAUACAAUAAUGGUACCUGAGGAUGAUGACAUGGAAGUGGUGUGGAAAAUUUGUAAUGUAAAUAAAGAAGAAUCGGAAACAAUGGAUUACGAUGAAUCAAUUCUCAAUAAUUUUGAACCGUAUGAAAAUGAAAGUGAACAGGAAUUUGAAGAAAUUUUAAAAAUGUCAACAGAAAAAUAUUCAAACGAUAUUAUUGAGAGAAAAACAAAAGUACAACGUUUAAAUAAUUGUUGUUCACAAUGUAAUAAAUGUUUUCAUGAUAAUCAAGAAUUGGCUAUUCAUUUACAUGAGCAUGUAAUGAAAAAUGAGGGAAAUAGUAAUUUAAACGAUGAAACAAAAUGUGAAUUGUGCUUUGAACAAUUUUCAUCGUUAGAAAAUUUAAAAAUUCACAUACAAGAUCAUUUUUGUGAUACAACACGUGAUAUAAUUGAUUCUGUGAAUAUUAAAUUGGAUAAUAAAAAAAAUAAUUAUCAAAUAAAUGAAGAAUAUCAUUGUUCACAAUGUAAAAAAGAAUUUCUCACCGCUGAUGAAUGUUCUGAACAUAUUAAAAAGCAUAAGGUAAAAAAAUUAUUUAUGUGUGGAAUAUGUAAUAAAGUAUUUACAAGAAAUUCAUCGAGAAAAAGACAUGAAUUGAAUCAUGCUGAAAAGAGUUUUAAAUGUCGUCAAUGUGGAAAGACAUUUAAGAAAAAAACAGAAUUAAGGUACCAUAUGAGUUGUCAUGUGACAACACCGCCAACUUGUGAUGUUUGUCGAAAAACUUUUCAAAAUCGACAAUCAUUGAAACUUCAUAUGAAACGUCAUACUGGUGAAAGUACAUAUGUAUGUGAAAUAUGUGGGAAAAAUUAUUUUUCCAAUUCAGAAUUAAAUCGUCAUAUACAAAUACAUUUGGGAAGAAGAGAUUUUCCCUGUCCAUUGUGUAAACAAUCAUUUUUUUCAAAACCCGAACUCACAAGGCAUGGUAAAUAUCAUCGUGGUGAUAAAAAAUUUAAAUGUCAAAUUUGUUCGAAAUCAUAUUUUGAAUCGGGACAUUUGAAAGUACAUCUUCGAAUACACACUGGAGAGAAACCAUUUAUCUGUGAAAUUUGUGCCAAAGCCUUUAUUUCUAAAUCAAAACUUGUUAGACAUCAAAAAAUACACUUAAAAUCAAAUCAUAAAAAGUUAAAUGAUAAAACAAAUGUUUAUGAAACGCAAGUUUAAUUAUAUGAAAUAUUGAUUGGUUCAAGUUUGACAAUGUGUUAUGUUUGAUGAAGAAAAAAAAAAAUGUAAAAUAUUUGUAAAAUGUUAUUUUGUAUAAUGGAUUUUAAGAAUAAUUGUUUUUAUUAAAAUGAACAAAUUAUACGAAAAAGACAAAUGGA